CAAAUGAAAGGUUGGAAGUAACCCACUGAGCGGAUUGUAACUUGUGGUCCAACCAGUCGGACCUGAGACCCUCUUAUAUAAAUACAUCUUCUUUCCUUCGAUUUCUUCCCCGCAGUCCUCCCUCACCCAGGCGCACGAUCGCUCGCUCGCUAGCUAGCUUUGAGUGCAUUCUGCUUAAAGCAAAUACCUCCGUUCAUUUCAUCUCAAUAUUCAGCAGCCAAGUUUCAUGUCUGAUCUCGACGUGCAGAUUCCCACCUCCUUUGAUCCAUUCACUGAGGCAAAUGCUGACGACUCUGGUGUUGCAUCAAAGGAGUAUGUGCAUGUGCGCAUACAGCAGCGAAAUGGUAGGAAGAGCCUGACUACAGUGCAGGGAUUGAAGAAAGAAUUCAGCUAUAACAAGAUCUUGAAAGAUCUCAAGAAAGAAUUCUGCUGCAAUGGUACAGUCGUCCAGGACCCUGAGCUGGGCCAGGUCAUCCAACUGCAAGGCGAUCAACGUAAAAAUGUCUCCACUUUCCUUGUUCAGGCUGGCAUUGUGAAGAAGGAAAACAUUAAAAUUCAUGGUUUCUAGGCGGAUUUCUGUGCAAUGCCGUUGAAUGUGUGAAGGUAAUAGGGAUAGUAUCCACAUAUACACAAUCAGGACACGAGAGUGCUGCAUUUGGUGUGUGUAUCCUCUGUGAGGAGGAUCGUUACAUUGGUGAAGAUGGGUAAUUUGAGACCCUUAAUUUCUAUAUUCACAAUCGUUGUUACUUGUAGGAACCCUUGUUCCAGCAGCUGUGUUUGCAUUUGGUA